AAGUGGAUCUCCCCUAUACAAGUGACAUCUAUGUUGUAUAGAGAAACACGCAUACCGUACAUAUAUAUAUAUGUUGAGAGCAGAACCGCGUCCAGACCCAUUAUCUCUCAUCAUGGGUCCUCUCUCUCUACCGUUUAUACUCAGCGUCUCGCUGUUCUUACACCGCCCGGCGGAGGGCUCCACAGCAUCCGAGCAGGCAGACGGCUUUUUUCCCAACAGCUUCUUGAGAUCGUCGAACCCUAACCGCUUUCUACUGGAAUGCCGGCGAGUUUUAAAAAUACCGGCUUUGGAAGUGUUACCUGGCGGCGGGUGGGACAAUCUUCGUAACGUAGACUUGGGUCGGGUGAUGAACUUUAACUAUUCACAGUGUCGGACUACCGAAGACGGGUCUUAUCUCAUACCGGACGAGGUGUUCACGAUACCUCAGAAACACAGCCGUGUGGAACAGAGUUCGGAACUGAUAGACAGCUGGCUGCAGUACCGGAGCGUCGUGGCGAGUUCCAUCAAUUCGGAAGCGUCGUUUUCAAUCGGCUUGCCAGGGACGUUUUCAUUUUCCAUCAACGGCAAAUAUUCGAGUGAAAGUAAGAGAGUGAAAACACAUCAAGUUCGGGACGGGACAGUGACGACACGAGUGCAGGUUCGUAAUCUCCUCUACUCAGUCCAGUCCACUCCAGGCUUCUCCCUUGACCCACGGUUCCAAGAUCAGGUCUACAAGAUCGCCGAGGCCCUGGAGAACAACCAGACCCGACUGGCCGGCUUCCUCUCCGAGUCCCUGGUGCUGAACUACGGGACCCACGUCCUCACCACGGUGCACGCUGGAGCCAGCCUGGUCCAGGAGGACUUCCUCAAAUCCACCGUCCUCUCGGGCAGCCAGGACUCUUCUUCUUCCAGGUCCAUCAGCGUCUCUGCUGGAUUGCGUUUCUUCGAUGUCGUCAACGUGGGAUUCGGCAACCAAAGUGGGGCCUCCAGCUCGACUCAGGACUCCGCUAGCCAGCAGUAUGUUGGAAACAUCACCUAUUCGGUCACUGAAAGCCACGGAGGAGCACUGUUCUAUCCUGGUAUUACCUUGCAGAAAUGGCAAGAAAGCAUCGCCAAUAAUCUGGUGGCGAUUGACCGCACUGGUCUGCCUUUGCCGGCUGUGUUUAACCAGCAGUCUCUACUGGGCUUAUCAGAGCCUACAAUCCGCAAACUGGUGCUGGCCGUGACCCAAGCCAUCAAGACCUAUUACCAAGUCAACACCGUCCCUGGCUGCGUCAAGGUAGAGUCACCGAAUUUCAAUUUCCAUGCAAAUGUAGACGACGGCUCUUGCCAGGCCACAGUAACGAAUUUCUCGUUCGGAGGCGUGUUUCAGGACUGUAUGGCACUAACGACGGAUUCUCAGGAUCUAUGCCACAAACUAGAACAGAAAAACCCGCUAACAGGUGCCUAUUCCUGUCCUGAGCAAUACAACGCAGUCAAACUCCAAACAGAUAACAAGGAACAAGGCUACAGUACUUACGAAUGCCACCAGGAAUGCAAAACAACAUUUUUGUUCUUUAAAAGUUGUAAUCAAGUCUGUGGUGACAUCUAUAGGGUCAGGAAAGCCCGUUUCAAUGCCUAUUGGUGUGUAGCGACCCAAAAACAAGUGCCAUCUCUUUCGGGGUACCUUUUCGGAGGCCUGUACACCUCUGCUAGUCCAAACCCUCUCACCAAAUCGCAGUCAUGCCCGGCUGGCUUCAUAGAGUUGAAGCUGUUUGAUGGGAUGAAAGUAUGCGUGAGUAAUGAUUACGAAAUGCAGGCAGGGAAUUCAGUCCCGUUCGGGGGGUUUUUUAGCUGCCACACUGGGAACCCCUUAAGUGUGGAGAGGGGGGGGGAGGAUAAGGAGAAUGGAGAGGUUUCAGCCCAAAAAUGCCCUAAAGGUUUUAGCCAACACCUAGCAGGAAUGAGCGAUGGAUGCCAGAUUAUGUACUGCGUGCGUUCCGGCGAGUUCACCGAAGGGCAGUUGCCCGAUAUACGCUUGCCGCCGUUUAUUCGUAAACCAUUGGUCAGCAAUGCCAUGACUAACACGAUCAUGAUCAUGAGCGAGGGCAAUCUGUCCUGGGUCAAAGAUUCCAAAACCAAUCUGUGGAAGAUCGCACAGCCUGAGGAUUUCCACCAGAUGAGCCAACUUUUCAACCCCAGAAAAGAGAGCUUGUCACCGGGCGCUUAUGUGGGUGUGGCCCUGGGGGUGUUGGCUGGUGUGGGGGUCGCCAUAGCAGUGGGGGUUUAUGGGAGGAGGUGGUGGAGGAGGAGGAGGGGAGGGGAUGGGGAGUUUCAUGAAAUUGAAGAGGGAGGGAGACAGGGGGAGGGGGAGGAAGAAGUUGUUAGAAGUAGUGUUACCACAAUAUAA